UUUUUAUGAAGAGCCCCGUUGUGUCAAAAUAAACGAGACAGCAGGUACACACAGAAAAAAAGCAAACAAAAAGGAGGGCACUGGUCAGCACCAGGAUGCGGUUCUGGCGGCAGAGAGCACGAGCGGUGACUUGGCUAUUUCCUUUGACAGAGUUCAAUCAGGUAUAUGAAACCAGGGAAGAUUUGUAAAGUUGUAAGCAUUUCAUUUGCUCCCCUGAUCCCUCUAUAAAUAGAUGUAACAAAUGCAUAUAUCAAUACCCAACAGCACAGAGAACAACAGUACCUGCAAUGGCUGUUACUGGGCUGAGGAAAUCAAAGAUGGAGGUGAAGAAUGAUGAAAGAGUUAACUAUUGCUAUGAUAUCAAGAAUGGUUCAAAGAGGAAGAACAGCAAUGAGAAUUCAAAGCUGUUGGCAUCUGAUGCCCUGCUUCUUCCCUUGGGACUCACCAAUAAGUUGUUCUUUGUGCUCUUCUUCACUGCAUCAUAUUUCCUAAUGGGGAGAUGGAGGGAGAAGAUCAGGACCUCAACACCCCUUCAUGUUGUCAGCUUUGGAGAGCUUGUGGCCAUUGUAGCCCAGUUGUCUUCCUUCAUUUAUUUGCUUGGAUUCUUUGGCAUUGAUUAUGUGCAAAACUUCAUUAGCAAAGGGAAUGACGGCUCCUGGGAUGAUUUUACCAUGGAGGCAGAUUUCAACACCCCUCCAACAACGUGUGAGAUGGCAGCCAAAGAAGAAGUUGCUGUUAAGAAACCUGAGGUCCAGCUCAAGGGAAUUGCUCUUGGUGACAAUGAGGAUGGAGACAUUGCAGUUGCUGUAUGUAAUGGUACUGUAGCAUCCUAUUCUCUUGAAUCCUCCCUUGGGGACUGCAAGAGAGCUGCCUCUGUGAGGAGGACUGCCUUGGAGCUCAUGACUGGGAGAUCUCUUGAUGGAUUGCCCUUGGAGGGAUUUAAUUAUGAGUCCAUUCUUGGGCAGUGCUGUGAGAUGCCUGUGGGUUAUGUACAAGUUCCUGUGGGUGUGGCAGGGCCUUUGCUACUUAAUGGGUCUGAGUACAUGGUGCCCAUGGCAACCACAGAAGGUUGUCUGGUGGCCAGCACCAACAGAGGUUGCAAGGCCAUCCUUAUGAGUGGUGGGGCUACAAGCAUUCUUCUCAGAGAUGGGAUGACUAGAGCCCCUGUUGUUAGGUUUCAGAGUGCCAAGAGAGCUGCAGAUCUUAAGUUCUAUAUUGAGGAUCCCACAAACUCUGAUAACCUGUCAGACAUCUUCAACAGGACAAGCAGGUUUGCCAGACUACAAGACAUAAAAUGUGCAGUUGCAGGCAAGAAUCUGUAUAUGAGAUUCUCAUGCUUCACUGGAGAUGCCAUGGGAAUGAAUAUGGUCUCCAAGGGUGUUCAGAAUGUCUUGGAUCAUCUUCAAAUUGUGUUCCCUGACAUGGAUGUUAUCAGCGUUUCUGGCAAUUUCUGUGCAGACAAGAAGCCCGCGGCAGUGAACUGGAUUGAAGGGCGUGGGAAAUCGGUAGUGUGUGAGGCCAUCAUAACAGAGGCAGUUGUGAACAAGGUCUUGAAGACUACAGUUCCAGCAUUAUUGGAGCUGAACAUGCUCAAGAACUUGACAGGAUCUGCAAUGGCGGGCGCCAUGGGAGGGUUCAAUGCCCAUGCUGCCAACAUUGUGUCUGCAAUUUUCAUUGCAACAGGCCAAGAUCCAGCCCAAAAUGUGGAGAGCUCCCACUGUAUUACCAUGAUGGAGGGUGUGAAUGGGGGCAAGGAUCUGCACAUAUCGGUGAGCAUGCCCUGCAUAGAGGUGGGGACUGUGGGAGGAGGGACUCAAUUAGCAGCACAGGCAGCGUGCUUGAACAUGCUUGGAGUGAAAGGAGCAAAUGGGACAUCACCUGGUUCAAAUGCUCAGAAGUUGGCCAGAGUAGUAGCAGCUGCAGUAAUGGCAGGGGAGCUUUCUCUCAUGUCCGCUCUUGCGGCUGGCCAGCUCGUCAAGAGCCACAUGAAGUAUAACCGAUCUACCAAAGAUGUCAAAGCAGCCUAAUCAGAAUAAGUUUGAACUUAGCCCACUAAAAGUUCAGGCAUCUCACUUAAUUCUCUGUGCAUAUUAGUUUCAAAGUUCAACAAGAGACCCAAGGUCUCAGGUUCUUGUCAAUGGUGUCAUUAGUUUAGAAUAGAAAAUAGAAAAACAUUUCAGUAGAUGUUAAUUUGCUUAAAAAGGAGUUAUUGUCUAUUAUUGUCAACUAGCAUUUGUAUGAUGUUAAUUUGUUUAAAAAGAGAGUUAUUAUCAA